AAACAAAUGCGGUUAUCAUUCCGACCAAAUUAAUAAAUAAAUUAAAAAAUAAAAAAAUUCAAAGUUGUCAGUAGUAGAGACUCAGAGCUACCACCACAAACCAAAACGGAGAUAUCAUGGCGACGGUGGUCGGCAACCUGUCCUCGCCGUUUCUUCUGAGUCAACUCGGUAACUCGAGGUCUUGCUUUCUCAAGCUCAGGCCUUGUGCUACUUUAUCGGUUUUCAAGCGCUCUUUCGCGGCGGCCAUCAAAGUUCGAGCUGCUGCUUCCGCCGCCGCCGUCGAAGUCGAGCCAACCGAACCAAUUGUGGUACAAAAUGAUGGCCUCAGCAGCAACAACAUUUUAGCUUGUCCGAUAUGCUACGAUCCAUUUUCAAGUUCCGGUGAUCCCGGCUUAUCGGUCGAGUCUGCUUCUGGGUCCAGUUUUCAUUGUAGCACUUGUAAGAAGACCUACUUUGGCAACGAAACACAUAUUGACCUGACAACAGCAAGCGGCGCCAAGAGCUAUGGUGAAUCAAUGCCCGUUAUCACGGAAAUGUUUAGGACUCCAUUGAUAUCGUAUCUCUAUGAGAGGGGUUGGCGUCAAAGCUUUACUGGAUUGAUUGGUCUUCCUGGCCCAGAGAAAGAGUUUGAGUGGACUAAAAAUUUCUUGAAGCCUGUCUUGGGUGGUGGAAAUAUCAUUGAUGCAAGUUGUGGGAGUGGGCUAUUUUCUAGACGUUUUGCCAAGAGUGGGUUGUUUUCUCUUGUUGUUGCUUUGGACUACUCAGAGAACAUGUUGAAGGAAUGCUAUGGAUUCAUUCAGCAGGAGGAGAACUUCCCCAAAGAGAACGUAAUUCUGGUCAGAGCUGAUAUAUCUAGGCUUCCUUUUGCUACAAGUUCUGUUGAUGCUGUGCAUGCUGGUGCCGCCCUACAUUGUUGGCCUUCACCAUCAGCAGCUGUUGCUGAAAUUAGUCGAGUCCUGCGACCUGGUGGGGUGUUUGUUGCAUCUACUUACAUACUGGACGGGCGUUUUUCGCUCAUCCCAUUUCUAAGGAACAUAACACGGGUAACAAAGCAAAUAUCGGGCAGCCAAGUCUUCACAUCAGAAAGUGAAUUCGAAGAUCUCUGCCAAGCAUGUGGGCUAGUUGGUUUUACAAAAGUGAGGUAUGGGCUUUUUGUGAUGAUCUCUGCCACAAAACCCACUUAAUUAAUUAUUCUUGUGCCACAAGCAAUCUCUCCUAUGUAAAGAAACAUUAAUAUGUUAUGAUGUUAGAAAUGAAACCAAACUAUAUCAUCAAAAUUUGGAUAAUCUGAUUCACCAUAAAUGAUUGUGUUUCGUCUCA